AUGUGGAGAGCACCGCCGCUUCAACUCUUUUUCUUCUUUUUAUGCUCUGUUAGAUGGUGCCAUGCUGAAGGAUGUGAAUUAGGGCAGUUUCGGUGUGGGACAGGUCGAUGUAUACCUGAGGAGUGGCACUGUGAUGGGACAUCAGAUUGCAUCGAUGACACUGAUGAACACGACUGCCCUCAGGUAACAUGCGAUGACAGUCAUUUCCAGUGUCUGAGUGACGGCGAGUGCAUCCCAGAUGUAUGGGUGUGUGAUAAUGAGGAAGACUGUGAGGAUAGCUCAGAUGAGAGACACUGCCCUGGCAGGACAUGCACCAGUGGCCAGUUUAGCUGCAGUAACGGGGCAUGCAUCCCGGGAGAAUACCAUUGCGACCACCUGGCUGACUGCUUAGAUGGAUCUGAUGAGAGAAACUGCAAUUACCCUCAGUGUACAGAGAUGAGGUGUGCCAAUGGGGCCUGCUACAACCGGACCCAAAGAUGUGACCAUUUACUGGACUGCCGAGAUGGCUCUGAUGAGGCAAACUGCACACAGCAUUGCAACACAGGGUUCCACCAAUGCCAUAAUGGGCUAUGUGUUCCUCAACGCUACGUCUGUGAUCACGACGAUGACUGCGGAGACCGGAGUGAUGAAAUAAACUGCACGUAUCCUGCUUGCAGAGGAAAUUACUUCACUUGUCCCAGUGGCCGCUGUAUUCACCAAGUCUGGCUUUGUGAUGGAGAGGAUGACUGUGAGGACAAUGCUGAUGAAAAAGGCUGUGAUAAUGUACCACGGGAGUGUUACCCAGGAGAGUGGCCCUGUCCUUCGUCUGGGCUGUGCAUCCCUAUGGAUAAGCUGUGUGAUGGGAAGGCUGACUGUCCUGAUGGAGAGGAUGAAACUAACACCACUGCUGGACACAACUGCAGCAUCUGGAAGUGUGCUUCUUUGAGCUGUGAGCAUCACUGCCACACUUCCCCUGAUGGAGGAACAUGUGCCUGUCCUUCUGGCUAUAUUGUCAACAGCAACGACAGUCGCUCCUGCAUAGACUUUGAUGACUGCUCCAUGUGGGGCAACUGUGAUCAGCUGUGUGAGGACCGGAUCGGCUCCCAUCGCUGCAGCUGUAGAGAGGGCUACACUUUGGAGCAACAUCGAUACUGUAGAGCAGACAUAUCCACUGGAGUUCCUUCCUUAGUUUUCUCUAAUGGCAGAGAUCUGGUAAUAGGCGACAUCCACGGCAACAACCUGCGCACUUUGGUUAAUUCACAGAACAGAGGGAUUGCUGUAGGAGUGGACUUCCACUAUCAUCUCCGUAGGGUCUUCUGGACAGAUACCAUCCAAAAUAAGGUGUUUUCUGUACAAAUGGAUGGGUCCAACAUGCAGGUGGUUUUAAAUGUAUCAGUUGACUACCCUGAGAACCUGGCGGUGGACUGGGUGAACAAUAAACUGUAUGUGGUGGAGGCCAGCGUCAACAGGAUUGACAUGGUGGACCUAGAUGGAAGUAACCGGGUUACACUCAUCACUGAAAACCUCGGAAACCCUAGAGGACUGGCGGUGGACCCCACUGUCGGGUACAUGUUUUUCUCAGACUGGGAGGCAGCAAACGGACAGCCGGGUCUUGAGCGGGCCUUCAUGGAUGGUACCAAUCGUUACGGGAUUAUUGGGAGCAAACUAGGUUGGCCUGCUGGUAUCACACUCGAUAUAGAAGUCAAGCGCAUCUACUGGGUUGACAGCCGCUAUGAUUAUAUCGAAACUGCAACCUAUGACGGUCUGCAUAGAAAAACUGUAAUCCAUGGGGGGGCCGUGGUACCACAUCCUUUCGGAAUCAGUUUGUUUGAGCACAAUGUUUAUUUCACGGACUGGACCAGGAUGGCCGUGAUAAAAGCAAACAAGUUUACUGACAGUAACCCACAUGUGAUUUACACCACGUCUCACACCCCACAUGGAGUAGCAGUGAUACAUCAGUUAAAGCAACCACAAGCGGCAAACCCUUGCAGUUUGGACAGAGGUGGAUGUGAGCAGAUUUGUGUUCUCAGUCACAGGAGCGACAAUGGAGGACUUGGUUAUCGCUGCAAAUGUCGCAUUGGUUAUGACCUUCAUGCUGAUGGUAAACGCUGUUUGGCUGUGAGGCAGUUUCUGCUUUUCUCCAGCCAGCUGGCUGUGAGAGGAAUCCCCUUUAACCUCUCCUCCCAGGAGGACAUCAUCCUGCCCGUCACCGGAUCGCCCUCCUACUUUGUCGGAGUGGAUUUUAGCGCUGAAGAUGAUGCUAUCUUUUUCUCUGACACAGCAAAAGAUAUUAUUUACAAACAGAAGGUGGAUGGAACAGGCAGGGAGAUACUGGCAGCCAACAGAGUGGAGGGAGUGGAGGAUCUGGCUUACGACUGGAUUUCCAAAAACCUCUACUGGACGGACCCUCGAUACAGGAGCAUAUCUGUCAUGAGGCUCGCCGAUAAGUCCAGGAGGGCCAUUAUUCAGAACCUGAACAACCCCAGGGCCAUCGUGGUGCAUCCUCUGAUUGGGUAUAUUUUUUGGACUGAUUGGUACCGUCCUGCAAAGAUUAUGAGGGCUUGGGGUGACGGGUCACAUGCCAUGUCUAUUGUAAACACUACCCUGGGCUGGCCAAAUGGAUUAGCAAUUGACUGGAGCUCAAUGCGUCUGUAUUGGGUAGAUGCCUUCUUUGACAAGAUUGAGCACAGCAACUUUAACGGACAAAACAGGCUUUCCUUGGACCGCAUAACCCAGAUCUCCCAUCCUUUUGGCCUUACCAUUUUUGAAGGCUUUGCGUAUUUCACUGACUGGCGCCUGGGUGGCAUUGUCCGUGUGCGCAAGACUGAUGGUGGGCAGAUGGUAGUUAUUAGGAGAGGAAUCAGCCACAUCAUGCAUGUCAAGUCUUUCAACUCCAACUCUCAGAUCGGUGCUAACCUCUGCAACAGGCAGACAAAUCCUAACGGCGACUGCAGCCACUUCUGCUUCCCAGCUCCAGACUCUCAGAGAGUGUGUGGCUGCCCGUACGGCAUGAAGCUGUCGCCAAACCAGCAGACGUGUGUCGAGGACCCCUCCAACGAGCCCCCAACAAUGCAGUGUGGAGCCAACUCCUUCUCCUGUGGCAAUGGCAAAUGUGUCCCAAACACCUACAGAUGUGAUGGUGUUGAUGAUUGCCAUGACAACACUGACGAACUCCAUUGUGGAAUAAACAACAUUACUUGUUCCCCCUUGGCCUUCACCUGUGCCAGCCAGCGCUGCGUGCCAGCAGGGUGGCGCUGUGACGGGCACAAUGAUUGCUUUGAUAACAGCGACGAGAUCAACUGCCCCACACGGGUGCCAGGAACGUGCCCCGCCAAUCAGUUCACAUGCGCCAACCACCGAUGCGUCCCGCAUACGUGGCGCUGUGAUACAGAUAACGACUGUGGAGACGGGUCCGAUGAAACAGACUGCUACCUGGGUAGUACAUGCCACCCAGGACAGUUCCAGUGUCCUGACCACCGAUGUAUAGACCCCAACUAUGUCUGUGACGGAGACAGAGACUGUGUGGACGGAGCAGAUGAGCAGGGAUGCAUCUACAACUGCACUGUGAGUGAGUUCAAGUGUACCAGUGGCCACCAGUGCAUCAACUCCUACUACCGCUGCGAUGGGGUCUUCGAUUGUAGCGAUCGCUCUGACGAGCAAAACUGUCCUACCAGGCCCCCAGGGAUGUGCCAUCACGAGAAUGAGUUUCAAUGUCAGUCAGAUGGGAGCUGUAUCCCGUCGUCAUGGGAAUGUGAUGGCCAUCCAGACUGUCAGGAUGGCAGCGAUGAACAUCACGCCUGUCCUCCCCGGACCUGCACAUCUUCUCUCUUCCGCUGUGAUAAUGGAAACUGCAUCGUACGCAGUUGGAUUUGUGACGGAGACAACGACUGCAGAGACAUGAGCGAUGAAAGAGAUUGUCCCACGCCGCCUUUCCGGUGUCCAAGUUGGCAGUGGCAGUGUCCUGGUCACAGUGUUUGUAUCAAUCUCACCACAGUGUGUGACAACACACCCAACUGUCCCAAUGGCGCUGAUGAGUCUCCGCUUUGCAAUGAGCCUUUACCAGACCAAGAGAGUUGUUCUGAUAACAACGCUGGCUGCACUCAUGGUUGUAUACAGGGGCCUUUUGGGGCCCAGUGCACAUGCCCUGUUGGUUAUCAGCUCAGCAACGACACCAAAACGUGUAAGGAUAUAGACGAGUGUAAUCCCCCAGGACUGUGUAGCCAGCACUGCUUUAAUGAGAGAGGCUCCUUUCGCUGCCACUGCCAGGAUGGCUACACUCUUGAAGCAGACCAACGUACCUGCAAGGCUUCAGAUUCUCGUCAAGCCUUUCUACUUGUGGCCAGCCGAAACCAGAUUAUCCAAGAUGAAAUAAGCGCUCAACCGAAUGUGAUUCGGUCACUGAUUCGAGACGGACGCAACGUUGUGGCUAUAGAUUUUGACUCUGAGUCAAACCGUGUGUACUGGUCCGAUACAACCCAGGACAGGAUCUGGAGUUCUCACAUAAAUGGCAGCAAGAGAACUGUGAUAUUUGACAGUGGCGUGACUGUGACAGAGAGCCUUGCAGUGGAUUGGGUGGGCAGGAAUUUAUACUGGACCGACUAUGUCCUGGAGACAAUUGAGGUGUCUAAACUGGACGGCACACACCGGACCGUCUUAGUUAGUGAAAAUGUCACCAACCCUCGAGGUCUCGUGGUGGAUCCCAGAGACAGCGCUCACCUGAUGUUUUGGACUGACUGGGGAAGGAACCCCCGCAUAGAGAGGGCAAGCAUGGAUGGGAAACUCAGGACAGUCAUCAUAAGCAGCAAACUGUACUGGCCCAAUGGUUUAACCAUCGACUAUCCAAAUAAUUUGCUGUACUUUGCUGAUGCCUAUUUAGACUUCAUUGAUUACUGCGACUACAAUGGCAACAACAGAAAACAAGUCCUUGCCAGCGACUUGGUACUGCAACAUCCCCACGCAAUUACCAUUUUUGAGGAUUUUGUCUAUUGGACCGACAGAUACAUCAACCGAGUGAUGCGAGCUCAUAAGUGGCAUGGGGAGAACCAGACAGUGAUGCUGUUCAACCUCCCUCAGCCAAUGGGUCUAGUGGCAGUGCACCCAACCAGGCAACCAGCAGGGAGAAAUCACUGCUUGGGGAGCGCCUGCACUCAUAUCUGCCUACUCUCUGCUGUGGGACCGAGAUACUAUUCAUGCGCCUGCCCCUCCGGCUGGACUCUGGCAGCGGACCAGUUCACCUGUGCCAGAGUUGAGGAUCCCUUUCUGGUGGUUGUGAGAGACAGCAUCAUCUAUGGUAUUCCACUAAACCCAGAGGACAAGAGCAAUGAUGCAAUGGUUCCAGUAGCUGGUCUUCACAACGGCUACGAUGUUGACUUUGAUGACAAGGAACAGACCAUCUACUGGGUGGAACACCCUGGUGAGAUCCACAGGGUGAAGUCAGACGGUACAAACAGGACGGAGUUUGCCCCCGCAGCCAUUCUCGGCUCUCCUGUUGGCCUGGCCCUGGACUGGAUCACAGAGAAUCUGUACUACACCAAUCCAGCUACACAGUCUAUUGAGGUUUUAAAGUUGAGAGGAGAUGUACAGUACCGGAAAACUAUAAUCACAAACAACGGCUCUCCGACCGGCGCUGGCAGUCCUGUUGGCAUCGCUGUGGAUCCAGCACGUGGCAAACUUUACUGGACAGACCAGGGAACAGAAAGUGGCAUCCCUGCCAAGGUGGCAGCUGCAGACAUGGAUGGCAUGAACCCGGUCACGCUCUUCACCAACAACCUUGAUCACAUUGAGUUCCUCACUGUGGACAUCCAAGAGAACAAGCUGUACUGGGCUGUCACCGGCACUGGGAAAAUUGAGCGAGGGGAUCCAGAUGGCAGUAACCGCAUCACCUUAGUGACGGGUCUGUCCCACCCUUGGGGUGUGGCCGUCUACCAGAACUACCUAUUCUUCAGCGAUCGUGACUUUGAGGUCAUCGAGCGAGUAGACAAGUCCACUGGUGCCAACAGGGUUGUGAUGCGAGACAACCUGUCAGGACUUAGAGUCCUAAAAGUUCACUUUAGAGAUACGUCUGCAGGUACAUCUAAUGGCUGCACCAACAAUAUGGGAGCGUGUGAGCAGCUCUGUCUUCCUCGACCACAAGGUUUUUUUGCCUGUGCAUGUGCGACAGGUUUUAAACUAAAUGCAGACAACCGGACUUGUGCCCAUUACAAGUCCUAUGUUGUCAUCUCCACUCUAUCUGCUAUAAAAGGCUUCAGUCUUGAAGGCUCAGAUCACUCUGAGGCAAUGGUCCCUGUUGCUGGAAGAGGUCGCAACGCUCUCCACGUCGAUGUGCACAUGGCUUCUGGUUUCAUUUACUGGUGCGACUUCAGCAGCACUGUGAUGAUACAAAACGGGGUUAGACGUAUAAAGCCAGAUGGCUCAGGAUUACACAGUGUGGUCACAUCUGGAAUAGGACGCAACGGGAUACGAGGCAUUGCUGUGGACUGGGCUGCAGGUAACCUGUAUUUCACCAACGCCUUUCUGACUGAGACGUAUGUCGAGGUUCUUCGUUUGAACACGACUUUCAGGAAAGUACUGCUGAAGACGCAGGUGGAUAUGCCGCGGCACCUUGUUGUGGAUCCCAGAAACAGAUACCUGUACUGGGCUGAUUAUGGUCAGCACCCCAAAAUUGAGCGUGCACUCUUGGAUGGAACCAACCGCACAAUUUUAGUGUCUUCAGGGAUAAUCACCCCACGAGGCCUUGCUCUGGACUGGCAUACUGGAUAUGUCUACUGGGUGGAUGACUCUCUGGAUAUGAUAGCUCGCAUAGGCCCUCAUGGAGGAGAGACAGAGAUCGUUAGGUACGGCAGCCGCUAUCCAACUCCUUACGGAAUCACAGUGUUUGAGAACAGCAUCAUUUGGGUGGACAGAAACCUCAAAAAAGUUUUUCAAGCAAGCAAAGAGCCAGGCAGGACAGAGCAACCGGCUGUAAUUAGAGAUAACAUAAACAUGCUAAGGGAUGUUACUAUCUUUGACCAACGUACACAGCCCACCAGUGUGCAGGAACUGAACUACAACCCCUGCAUGGAAAACAAUGGUGGCUGUGGCCACUUCUGCUUUGCCCUUCCAGGCUCUAGUCAGGGCACUCAAAAUAAAAAGUGCAGCUGUGCUUUUGGUGAUCUUGCCACAGAUAAAGAGAACUGUGAGAUGUCAAAGGAGGAUUACCUCAUCUACACUACUGAGAGCACAGUCCGCAGUCUGAGACUUGAUCCUGAAGACCAUGCACUGCCAUUUCCUGUUGUCAAUGUGCCUCGCACCUCCAUCGCUCUUGAUUUUGACCUUACAGACAACAGGAUUUACUUCACUCAGAGCUCAGGUGCAGGAGCCAGCAAGAUCAGCUAUAUCAGCCUGUCCUCUCCCACUACAGCUCCUGUUGUAGUAGCUGCAGAUCUUGGGGCUCCUGACGGGAUAGCCUAUGACUGGAUAAACAAAAGAAUUUACUAUAGUGACUAUGUCAACCAGAGCAUUAGCUCGAUGUCUGUGGAUGGUGCCCAAAAAACAAUAAUUGCCCAUGUGUCGAGGCCAAGGGCCAUCAUGUUGGACCCCUGCAGGGGAUACAUGUACUGGACAGACUGGGGAACUCAUGCAAAGAUUGAGCGAGCCACCUUGGGAGGAAAUUUCAGAACUGAUAUUGUGAACAGCAGUCUGGUGUGGCCAAAUGGUCUGACUUUGGACUAUGAAGAGGAGAGACUCUACUGGGCAGAUGCAAGCUUACAGAAGAUUGAGCGAUCCUCUCUAUCUGGAGCCAACCGCGAGGUCAUUGUCAGCACAGCCAUCUACCCGUUUGCAAUGACUAUGUUUGGUCAGUUCAUCUAUUGGACCGACUGGAACACCCGCAGCAUCUAUCGGGCAAACAAACACGAUGGCUCUGACCAGAGGGUCAUGAUUCAGAACCUCCCAUCCCGACCAAUGGACAUUCAGGUUCUGUCCCGCAGGAAGCAACAGCGGUGCGACAGUCCCUGUCAGCAGUUCAACGGAGGCUGCAGCCACAUCUGCACUCCAGGACCUAAUGGAGCUGAGUGUCAGUGCCCAGCAGAAGGUCGAUGGUACCUGGCUGACAGCAAGUAUUGUAUUCCUGACAACGGGACUCGCUGCCAGCCAGGCCAGUUCACCUGCAUGAAUGGCCGGUGUAUCCGACCCCAGUGGAUAUGCGACAAUGACAAUGACUGUGGAGAUGGCAGCGACGAGCUGGAAAGAGUAUGUGGAGAUAAACCGAUCUUCAGUUAUGCUGUCCCACAGCUGCUCUCUUCCUUUAUUGCACUGUCAGCCUUUCACACCUGCGAGCCCACCGUGUUAACUUGUGGCAAUGGGCGGUGCGUUCCCUAUCACUACCGCUGUGACCAUUACGAUGACUGUGGAGACAACAGCGAUGAAGUUGGCUGUCUGUUCAGACCCUGUGACCCCAGUACAGAGUUUGCCUGCAACAAUGGCCGCUGCAUUGCAAAGGACUAUGUUUGCAACGGCAUCAACAACUGCUACGACAAUGGGACUACUGAUGAGCAAAACUGCACUGAGAGAACCUGCCAGCCAGAAGAAACAAAGUGUCAGUCUACCAACAUUUGCAUCCCACGGUCAUACCUAUGUGAUGGAGACAAUGACUGUGGGGAUAUGAGCGACGAAAGCCCAACACACUGUGCUGCAGCCACUUGCUCCCAGAGCGAGUUUCGUUGUUCCAGCGGUCGCUGCAUCCCCGCCCACUGGUACUGUGACGGAGGAGCUGACUGCUCUGACGGCUCUGAUGAACCCCUCUCCUGCACCACACUGGUCAGAACCUGCAAUACAGAUCAGUUUCGCUGUGAUGAUGGCAGGUGCAUUGCUUUGUCAUGGAUCUGUGAUGGAGACAAUGACUGUGGUGACAUGAGCGAUGAAGAUCAGAGACACAACUGUGCCAAUCGCACGUGUUCAAGCACAGAGUUCACUUGUGUCAAUAACCAACCACCUCAACGGAAGUGUAUUCCACGUGACUGGGUGUGUGAUGGAGAUGCAGACUGUGCAGAUGCCCUAGAUGAACAUCAAAACUGCACCCGCAGAUCCUGUGGCAUCAAUGAGUUCACCUGCAGCAAUGGUCUCUGCAUACGCAGCUCCUACAGAUGUGACCGUCGUAAUGACUGUGGAGACAGCAGUGAUGAGCAGGGGUGCACUUACCAUCCCUGCCAGUCACACCAGUUCACAUGCCAGAAUGGCCGCUGUGUCUCUAACGACUUUGUCUGCGAUGGAGACAAUGACUGUGGGGACGAGUCUGAUGAGCUGCAGCAUAUGUGCCAUACACCUGAGCCCACCUGUCCCCCCGGAGAAUUCAGAUGUGAAAAUGGACAUUGUAUUCCCUUUAGGAAAGUGUGUGAUAGGAAUGAUGACUGCUCCGACAACAGUGACGAAAAGGGAUGUGGUAUCAAUGAGUGUACAGACCCAUCCAUCCACCACUGCGACCACAAUUGCACUGAUACACCCACCAGCUUCAUCUGCACCUGCCGUCCAGGUUACCGCCUCAUGUCUGACGGCAAAACAUGCGAUGAUGUCAACGAGUGUGCAGAGACACCCAGCGUUUGCAGUCAGAUCUGUGAAAACACCGUCGGCUCCUACGUGUGCAAGUGCUCUCCGGGAUUUCUCAGAGAGCCGGACGGACGCAGCUGCCGUCAGAACAGCAACAUCUCUCCCUACCUCAUCUUCAGCAACCGCUAUUACCUGAGGAACCUGUCGACAGACGGACAGGCCUAUUCUCUUAUUCUGCAGGGCCUGACCAGCGUGGUCGCUCUAGACUUUGACCGUGUUGACAAACGUCUCUAUUGGAUCGAUGUGAGUCGCAGAGUGAUAGAGAGGAUGUCUUUUAACGGCAGCAACCGGGAGGUGGUGGCCAAUGGAGUUCUGCAUGGAGAGGGCCUGGCGGUUGACUGGAUAGGAAGGAAACUGUAUUGGGUGGACAGCUUCCUGGAUUGUCUCAAAGUGUCCGAACUGGAUGGUCGUUUUGUCAAGAAACUGGCUGAACAUUGUGUUGAUGGGAAUAACACCUACUGCUUUGAAAACCCCAGGGGUAUUGUUCUGCAUCCCAAAUAUGGAUAUGUCUACUGGACAGACUGGGGAAACAAAGCCUUCAUCGGUCGUGUUGGGAUGGAUGGAACCAACAAAGCAGCAAUCAUCACCACCAAGAUAGAGUGGCCCAACGGCAUCACAAUCGACUACACCAACGACAAACUCUACUGGUCAGAUGCGCAUCUCAACUACAUUGAAUACUCCGACUUGGAUGGUCAGCACAGACACACGGUGUAUGAUGGAAACUUGCCGCACCCUUUUGCCCUGACUGUGUUUGAAGACACUGUGUACUGGACUGACUGGAACACACGCACUGUGGAGAAAGGCAACAAGUACGAUGGUUCUGGUCGAGAAGCCCUGGUUAACACCACACACAGGCCAUUCGACAUUCAUGUAUGCCAUCCUUACCGCCAGCCGAUUGUAAACAAUCCCUGUGCUGCGAACAAUGGGGGCUGCUCUCACCUGUGCCUAAUCCGUCACGGGGGGCGAGAACACACCUGUGACUGCCCCGACCAUUUCCUGGCUGUUCAAAUAGGAGGUGUGACCCGAUGCCUGCCCAUGUGCACCAGCACCCAGUACAGAUGCUCAAACAAUGAACGUUGCAUCCCUAUCUGGUGGAAAUGCGACGGUCAGCGGGACUGCAGGGACGGCUCAGAUGAGCCCUCUACCUGCCCUAUUCGCCAUUGCAGCCUCGGCCAGUUUCAGUGCAACGAUGGAAACUGUACCAGUUCACACUUUCUGUGUAACAGCCACCGGGACUGUCCCGAUGGCUCGGAUGAAGAUGCUGUGCUGUGUGCUACACACCAGUGUGAAAGCCAUCAGUGGCAGUGUACGAAUAAGCGUUGCAUAAGCGAGUCUUGGCAGUGCGACAGUGAGGAUGACUGUGGCGAUCAGUCAGACGAGGACCCUGUCCACUGUGCCACCAGGACCUGUCGCCCGGGACAGUUCAAGUGCCGCAAUGGACGCUGCAUCCCACAGAGCUGGAAAUGUGAUGUUGAUGAUGAUUGCGGUGACAAUUCAGAUGAGCCUCUGGAAGAGUGCAUGGGUCCAGCUUAUCGAUGUGACAACCACACAGAAUUUGCCUGCAAAACCAACUAUCGCUGUGUCCCACUCUGGUCCAUCUGCAAUGGCCACAACGACUGCAGAGACAACAGCGACGAGCAGAGCUGUGAGGAAGUGACCUGCGAUCCUACCGGGGAUUUCCGCUGCGACAAUCAUCGCUGCAUCCCGCUGAGAUGGAGGUGUGAUGGAGCUGACGACUGUGGAGAUAAUUCAGACGAACGCAGCUGCACGCCACGCUCGUGCACCGAGAGUGAGUAUCGCUGUGACAACCUGCGCUGUGUUCCCAACCGUUGGGUCUGUGACCAUGACAACGACUGCGAGGACAACUCGGAUGAAAGGGACUGCGAGCUGCGGACGUGUCCCCCUGGCUACUUCCAGUGCGCGAGUGGACACUGUAUAGCUGAACGUUUCAAAUGUGAUGGCAACGCCGACUGUCUGGACUACACGGAUGAGACAUCAUGCCCAACCCGCUUUCCCAACGGCACCUACUGCCCGCCUUUCCUGUUUGAAUGCAGGAACCACAUUUGUGUCCAGCCUCACUGGAAAUGUGACGGAGACAAUGACUGUGGAGACAAUUCUGACGAGGAGCUGCAUCUUUGCUUGGACAUCGAGUGUGAGGCUCCAUUCCGUUUCCGAUGUGAUAACAACCGAUGCAUCUACAGCCCUGAGCUGUGUAACUCUAUUGAUGACUGUGGGGACGGUUCGGAUGAAAGACAGGAAAACUGUCAAAAGCCCACACACGGUCCUUGUGAUGAUGAGGAGUUCAAAUGCAGUAACGGAAAGUGCAUCCCUCUACAGUACGCCUGCGAUGAAUAUGACGACUGUGGUGACGAGUCAGAUGAACUUGGCUGCCAUGUGGGCCAUGGACACACAUGCAGUGCAAACAUGUGUGAACACAACUGCACCGACCUGACUCAGGGAGGCUUUGUUUGCUCCUGCAGACCCGGUUACAAGCCCAGAGCCACAGAGAAACACACCUGUGAAGAUGUGAAUGAGUGUGAGGUAUUUGGAACAUGCCCUCAGGACUGCAGGAACUCAAAAGGCAGCUACGAAUGUUUCUGUGCUGAAGGCUUUGUGUCUUUUGGUGAACUGCAUGGAACUGAAUGCGCUGCGCAAGGAAAUCCUCCAGUCCUGCUCUUGCCGGACAACAUUCGUAUUCGACGUUUCAAUCUGUCCUCUGAGCAGUAUUCGGACUAUGUGGACAAUGCCGAGCACAUUCAUGCCUUGGAUUACCUGUGGGAUCCAGAGGGCGAAGGCCUAAGUGUUGUUUACUGGACAGUUCUUGGUCGGGGUUCCCAGUUUGGCUCCAUCAAGCGUGCCUACAUGACCACAUUCAAUGAUUAUGGGGGCAACCCAGUGAAAGAAGUGGAUCUGAACCUGCGGUACAUUGCCAAACCGGAGGGCAUCGCUGUAGACUGGGUUGGCAGACAUAUUUACUGGACGGAUUCAGGGACCAACAGAAUUGAAGUGGCGAAACUGGAUGGACGAUACAGGAAGUGGCUGGUCCACACUGACCUUCAUCAGCCGGCAGCUAUCAUUGUCAACCCGUCAUCAGGGAUGAUGUACUGGACUGACUGGGGACAGAAUCCCAAAAUUGAGGCAGCAUGGAUGGACGGACAGCACAGAGAGGUCCUGGUAAAGGAGGAAGACCUGGGAUGGCCCACUGGACUGGCUCUGGACUACGUGAAUGGAAACAGAAUCUACUGGUGUGACUCCAAAGAAAACAUUAUCGAGUCCAUGAAGCCUGAUGGGACAGACAGGAAGAUUGUCAUAUCAGGAGAUAUCGGAAAUCCCUACAGUCUGGAUGUCUUUGAGGGAAACGUGUACUGGACAACUAAAGACAAAGGAGAAGUGUGGAAGACAAAUAAGUUUGGGCAAGGAAAUAAAGUCAAGGUCCUUACGAUCAACCCCUGGCUGACACAAGUCCGUAUUUACCAGCAGUACCGGCACAACCAGUCAGUGUCCAACCCAUGUAAGAACGUGUGCAGUCACCUCUGCCUCCUCCGGCCUGGGGGCUACACCUGUGCCUGCCCACAAGGCUCCCCUCCACUAAAUGCUGACUCAACAGAAUGCGACGCAGCCAUUGAGGCUCCUGUUGCAAUGCCUCUUGCAUGCAGAUGCAUGAAUGGUGGAACCUGCUACACCGAUGAAGGGGGUCUGCCAAAGUGCAAAUGUCCAUAUGGCUAUACUGGCAGCUACUGUCAGAUGGGGAAGUCUAGAGGUGCACCAGCUGGUACAGCCGUGGCUGUUCUGCUGACCGUCAUUGUCAUCUUAAUUACCGGAGCUCUAGCUGCUGGGGUUUUCCUCAACUACAAACGAACAGGAUCUUUUAUCCCCUCUAUGCCUAAACUACCAAGCCUCAGCAGUCUUGUGAAGUCAGCUGACACCGGGAAUGGGGUAACGUUUUGGUCGGGUGAUAAUGUGGACCUCGGACCGUCACACAUCGGUGUUUCUGUUAUCGACACAGCCAUGCAGAUGGAUGAUAACUUUGCCACCAAUGCCGGGCGACAGCCAGUCACAUUUGAGAAUCCACUGUACACCACUACACCUGUCUCUGGUGAUCCAGCCGUCAUUCAUGCUACACAGGUGACAGUCAAUGUGAGUGGUGAACAGCUGAACAACUUUGUGAACCCGACGUACCGAGGAGAUCAGAGCUCAGGCGUUGUCAACACAUCUUCUGUCUGCAGCCUUCCUGUUCAGAUGUCAAAGUGGAGCUUGUUUAAACGGAAAUUAAAACCAAGCACCACAUUUGAAAACCCUUCAUAUUCAGAGAUGAAGGAUGAGAAACCUGGCGGAAGCAGCGAGGACACUUCUGCCCCGGAGCCGUCUCCAUUCGUUCCUCCACCAAAACCUCCGAAGAAGGAUCGUCCCAGCACCUUCUCUCCAACCGAGGACAGUUUCAAAGACACGGCCAACCUUGUUAAAGAGGACAGCGACGUAUAACCCCUCACUCUGAUGGAGGGAUUUGAAGAAGAAACACACUUUGCACAGAAUUUAUUUUUAUAUGCAGCCUGUGUACAAACUCAGAUUGUGCUGGGACAGAGAAACACGAUAAAGUGAAGAGAAGAUCUUAUGACACUUCUGCCUUCUGACACUUCUUAUGCCAAUUUUUGCGUUAAUAUUUGUUUUUCUUAUUAUGAUGUACAAUAUGUAUAUCUUUGCACUGAAGCUGUUGAUAGAAAUGUUAAUAAAUAUGUUGUAAAUUUGUAAAUUUCAACAUUAAGAUUUUGUCAGAAAUAGAUCCUACAUUGUAAACUCACGGUUAACCAAUAUAAAAUAUGAGCUGCGUUGUAAAUGUACACUACUUAUAUGAUCAGAGAUCGCCAGAGAAGAAUGCUGGAGAAAGCUGAAGAUAUAUUCACUAUACGUUGCAAAUACUUCGUUUCAGGGAUGACAAAUUAAAGAAAUUGGAUUUCAACUCACACCAUUUAUUUUCAAUGCUACACAGUCCAGUAUAAACUGGAAGAGAAUCGAUUUCACUUGAUCACCUUGUCUAUAAAUCAUUGAUUGUUCUAGCUUGAACCGGCUCAAAUAGUUUGGGAGCAGUAGCCGAAUGUGUGCAGGUGUUGCACUUCAGUGCAGUCAAGAUUCUUGAAGAACAACUCCUGAUAAAGACUUUUUCUUAAACAAACUGAGGCAAAUUGUUUGCUGGUUGAUUUAUUUUGUAUUGUAAUGAAACUUUAUCUAUGAUUGUGCAGAACGUACCCACGUGAAUUAAAUUUUUGCUGCUGACACGUGAAUGAAUAAAUUUCCUAUUUUGUAAAAUU